UAUUAAAAUUGGGUCAUCUAUCAUCUGGUGUCUUCGAACGAAAUGUCUUUGGAAGUAACCAGUGACUUUUGAUUUGUAAGAUUUUGACGCCUUUUUCUUGCUGCUCUAGCUAGCUACCUCCAUCCCAUCCAAUAACUUCUCCUGUCUAUCAUUACCAUUGGUACCAACAAGACCAUGCCCAAGCUCCAAGCAUCUUCCAAACGGGCCUCGAUCCAUACCGCUACAGCGGGUUCCAGUCCAACAGACCAACGUCGACUCCAACACCAGCGACGAGAACGGCUAUGUGUGGCAACUGGAAUUCUGUGGUUUGUGGCAGGAAUCUCCGUUGGUUCUUUUAUCACGGGUACUCUCUCCAUUACGAAUAUUAACACGACACGGUUUCCCAUUCAUCCUACCAAGACCUCUUCAAGCUCACUACUGAGUACUCCUACUAGUCGACGACGACCUCAGUAUUAUGAACUGGAAGCCACCAUUGACCCUUUCAGCAAGAGUCUGACCAAGGGCCAUCACUACCAACGGACUGCCUAUGAUCAAGCCACCAUUGUCCACAAGGCUCCUUGGUUGCCUUCUCCCAACAAUCCCAACACGGGACACAAACUCUGUCGUGACACGUGCUGUGUCGAAACCGUGGCAAUAUCCCUCCAUCAAGAUGCACGGCAACUCAUUCAUUCCACCGAUGGAAACGACCUGGCCGAUACCAUGAUUGUUCAUGGCGCGCUGGGAGGAGACAAAAUGUCCAACCUAAAAUUUCAUGCAUCCUAUCUACACCCCCAAAUACUCCCCUGUUUGGUGCCCCAUACAAUCAUCCAAGUCGACAAUCAUCUCAAACCCAUGGCCUACUUUUGGAGGAAAAUACGACCACACAUUAAAGUCCCCUACAUUCUCAUUAGUGCCGGCAGCGAUGCCGAUUCACCUCAAAUCAAACCACAAUUCAUUCAAGAUCCACUCCUCCUCAAAUGGUACGGCACCAAUCCCAACACACAAGCCUAUCGUAAAAAUCCAGCAUUUAUGCGCGGUGUCCAGGAACAACACAAAUUUGUCCCCAUGAAUUUGGGAUUGUCCCGUCAGAAUUUUCCCAAACAAGAACAACAUUUGUUGCCCUAUCUGCAACUGACAAACUUUACCAAUCCAUUUUUAUUUGCCAGUAAUAAAGAGCGAUGGGAUUUUGCCGCACAUCCCUUGCAAGAUUUUGACCAAGAAGUCUUUGUCCAGUUUGGCAUGACAUCGGUGCAUCGGCGAACGUUGUGGGCAUUGCUGUGUCCUCCCAAAAAUAAUGAUGAACAACAUACGGGAGGUGCGUCCUGCAAUCCCGACACGGGCAAGUUGACGGUGCACAACAUUUACACAGACUUGUCGCAGUAUCGCUUUGGAGUCAGUCCUCCGGGGGUGGGAUGGGAUUGUUUCCGGACCUACGAAAUGCUCUUGUUGGGAGUCAUUCCCAUUUUGGAAGAUCGGGGUCCCAUUAGUCGACAACUCUUUGCCGGAUUGCCCGUCGUUUUUAUACCCAAUAUGGUACAACAACUCAAUGCAGGGACACUGACUAAAGAGGUCUUUCUAGAUGCCAUUCGGAAUUACAUUCAAAGUGACGAAUUUCAAAAAGGAGACUUUACCGGGUGGGAUCGGCUCUUUUUGCACCGCACGCGACGACAACUCUUGGAAGAUGCUGGCAGAACCAAGGAGAUUCUGGUGGAUGCCCACGGGCAGGAAUAUUACCAAGCUUACAAGUACACGGUAAUAAUGGAUGACAAUGGUAUACCGGUUCCUCCCAAACCACUUCUCUGCAGUGAUCCCAACAAUUGUUUGUCACCAAAAGAGCUCCAGGAAAUGCCCGACUAUCUUUUGGCCAAGGAAGACUGGUACGAAAAGCCACCGCCGCCGCUCGAGGGAGACGACAAAGCGUUUGUGGCGCAGUGGAAGCAACAACGGCGGAUACAGAGACCUCUCAAAACGGUGCCACCAAUGGUUGUGUAAUUAUACACUAGUAGCCGGGCGGGGGGGUCGUGAUGCAACGGGCGACGAACGUUCCAUUGCGGCAUCGUCGGUACGUGCGGGGGUUCGAUUCGAUUCGAUUCGAUUCGAUUCGACAUAACAUGCUGUAGAGUAGCUGUAAAGUUUGGGCUUUGAACUUGUAGAGAAUGAAUCCGUUUUGGGCCAUGCCAAU